UUACUUUUUGGGGUUUAUGUUGUAAUUUUCUGUUAUCUAUGUCUUGGUUAGGAUGUUGAUCUUCCAUUCCUCAAUCACAUGGAAACAUUGGGUUGGUCUACUUUUAACAUCUGUGGCUUACUUUUUCCCCUAUCAACAACUUGCCCAGAUGGCAAAACCUUCUUAUGCUGAUGAUGGAGAGCUUCUUUAUGGUGGAUUUGAUAUGAGCACUGGCGGAAUAUGUGCCUGUUUACAUGAUAUAAUCUACAUUACAAGUUUUGUGCAACUGGCAUCCAUUAUAUCUAACAAGUUUUGGUAUACGUAUCUUGUGAUACCUGCGUUUGGAGCAUAUAAAUCUUUCGGAUUCAUUAGUGGAUUACUACCGUGA